AUGGCAGCCCCGGGCCACGACUACGACAGCCCCGACGUCCUCGCCCGCAUGUCCGCCCUCGCCAUCGCAGACACCCACUACCACCCACAGAGCCCUGUCCCCAACAACUACCCCACCGGCCGAUACCCCUACUACACUCCCUCCGGCGCCCUCGACCCCAGCGCCUAUGCUGGCCAAAUGCCUCCGGCCAACUUUGGCUACGGCGCGCCCCCAGUCGAGCUCAUGUCGCCCACCCUCCAGCCCAUGUCCUUCGACACGUUUUCCGGCCCCGCCGGCGAGGUCUAUGGCAACCAGCAGGACCGCAACCAAGCCCAAGGACAGCAAGGCGCUGCGGACGGCCAGAGGUACAGGCCUCAGCUCAACCAGCAGCAAAAUAACCCUUACUUUGGCUACCCCGACCAGAGGUCCUUCUGGAUGCCUCCCCAAGGCAUGUACGUCCAGGGCGGAGGAGGCGAGAGGAAAAAGGACUCUUAUCAGCCCAACCACCGCCACGCCCAAGGUCCCCACCGCGGCGGCCCCCAAAACAGCACCAACCCCUCCCUCGGCCAGUACCCGGGGCAGAACGCCCUCCAGAGUGCCCUCUUCUCCCACGCGACCGGCGCGGGGCAGUACGGUCUCCCUGCGCAGUAUGGCGGCUUGGCUGCCUACCCCCCCGCGCAGGGGUAUGCGAGUGGCUAUGUGGCCAGGUCUAGCAGGCGGUAUGAUGAUACUGGCGUGGUCAGGAGUGCGUUGCUCGAAGACUUUCGGUUGAACAAGCUCAAGAAGUGGGAGCUCAAUGACAUUUUUGGCCAUAUUGUCGAGUUUUCCGGCGACCAGCACGGCUCGCGCUUCAUCCAGCAAAAGCUCGAGACUGCCUCGCCCGACGACCGCCAAAAGCUGUUUGACGAAAUCUACCCCAACGCGUACCAGCUCAUGACCGACGUCUUUGGCAACUAUGUCACGCAAAAGAUGUUUGAGCAUGGGGAUCAGAUGCAAAAGGCGGCUUUGGCGAAAAAGAUGGAGGGGCAUGUAUUGCAAUUGUCGAUGCAGAUGUAUGGAUGCAGGGUUGUGCAAAAGGCGUUGGAGCAUGUCUUGAGCGAGCAGAGGGCAAAGCUCGUGGCCGAGCUCGAGCCGCACAUUCUCGAAUGCGUCAAGUCGAGCAACGCCAACCACGUUGUCCAGCGCCUCAUCAACCUCGGCCCGCCUCAAUCCGUCCCCGACUCGUUCAUCGGCCACGUCGAAGAACUCGCCAAGCACCCGUACGGCUGCAGAGUCCUGCAAAAGACGUUUGAGAACCUGGACGAGGAUAUGAAGAGGACACUGCUGGACGAGAUGCACCAGUGUGUAUUGACUUUGACCGAAGACCAGUUUGGAAACUACGUGGUGCAGAGUGUGAUCACCAUGGGCAGGCCCGAGGACAGGAACAAGGUCAUCGAGCAGCUCAAGGGCAGGAUCAUCCAACUCGCCUGCCACAAGUUUGCGUCCAACGUCGUCGAAAAGGCCAUUACCCACGCCGAUCCCGCCGACAAGCGUGCCCUUAUCGAUGAACUCGUUGGCUUGCAGCCUGACGGCUCCAACCAGGUGCACAGGCUCUUGAGGGACUCGUACGCCAACUUUCCCCUCCAGACCGGUCUCUUCGCCGCGGACCCCGUCCAGCGCGCCGACCUUCUCGAGAUCAUCCUCCCCCUCCUCCCUCCUCUCCGCCACACCCCCGUCGGCAAGCGGCUCGAGAACCGUAUCGCCCAGAUGGAAGCCGACACGGCCGGCGGCGCCAGUACCAACACCAGCGUCCCGGGCUCUGCCGAAGCUUCCAUCGCGAUGCGCAAGUCGCUCUCCGCGAGCACUGCUACAGACUCUCUGGGCGGGGUGGCCAUGAGCAGGAGCGCGACGGGAUCCACUGUGCCGACUUCGCCCGAGCAUAGUGUGGUGACCAUCAGGAGCCCUGGCAAGGACUUGUAA